AUGAAGUUGUCAGGGCUGUCUCUCCGAUUUGCCCCAUCGCACGAGCGGGCAGUGAUGGCGCCUGACGUCCGCACACUGGCGCUCCGAGCCGGCUGCCGCGCCACAUCUCUGCGCCCAUACAUCAGCCUGCACACCGGCCUGGCCACGACCACCGCACAAUAUCAGCGGAGCCAGCAGCCCACAGCGCCGCGAUCACCUUCCAAAAGCAGCCAGAGGACAGAGCAGUGGACAGGAAGGAUAGCCAACAUGUCCUCCGAGCACAGUCCCUCCAUGGCCCCUCGCGUCCCACGUGAGGGCACUGAAUGUGGGACAGCGAGCCCUGGCACCGGCGCCGCCCUGGGACCCGCUGGGCUGAAGGACACCGGGCGCCUGCGGAGGGAGACUGCGGGACGCGGCCCGGACCAGGACGAGCAGGUGUCAGCCGUAAUGGAUCAUCGCAGCACGGUGGGGCACUAA